AUGUCUACUUUUAAAGAGGUUAUUGGUGCUUUGAAUGAGAUAACUCCUUUGGAGUUGGCAGGUAGCUGGGACAAUGUUGGUUUGUUAGUAGAACCAUCGAAUGCAAACAGCUUGAAGAUUGAUCGUAUCUUUCUUACCAACGAUCUCACAGAGAAUGUCUUGGACGAAGCGAUCGAGCAGCGAGCAUCGAUGAUCGUAUCGUAUCACCCACCCUUAUUUGCACAGUUCAAGAGAUUGACAUCGAAGGUCACUGCACAGCGAAUUGCAGUGAAAGCAAUUGAGAAUCAUCUACCGGUGUAUUCACCACACUCUGCUUUGGAUGCUAUCAAUGGUGGGAUCAACGACUGGACUGCCGACGCUCUCAAAUCGAUCGCCAGCGGUAAAGGUGCAUCGGCCAGACCGAUCCAAGCAUCGAUGAUGUCGACCAACAAGCAAUUCACUCAUAAGGUUGAGAUUCUUCUCAAUAGCAAUGACUCUACCCAAUUACAAAACGAACUUGCCAACCUCGAUAACAUCAACAUCAACACCAUCGAAUCGAAGCAAUCAUCGAAACUAGAGGUUCAAUGUAGCGAAUCAAAGAUAUCUUUAGUAUCACAACUAAUUGAAAAGAAUAUAAAAUCGGUUGUAUCUUGGAGUGUAUAUAAUGGUAUUAAAUACUCAUCUGAUAAUGUUGGAAUUGGAAGAUUGUUAACAUUCAAUGAAGGUGUUUCGAUUGAACAAGUUAUUGAAACAGUAAAGAAGUUGUUUGGUUUGCAAUAUAUUAGACUUGGUCGUCCACAAGGUGGAAAAGAUCGUCCAAUAAAGACUGUUGCUAUGUGUGCCGGUAGUGGUGCCAGUGUAAUCUUGAACACACCUGCCGAUCUCUAUCUCACAGGUGAACUCUCACAUCAUGAAAUUCUAGAGGCAUGUUCCAAAGGCAACUACGUCAUCGUAUGCGAUCACUCCAACACCGAACGUGGAUACCUCUCAACCUACAAAUCACUCAUUCAAUCUAAACUCGCAAACGUUGAAAUCAUCAUUUCAAAGAGAGAUGCUGAUCCAUUAGUUGUGGUAUAA